AUGUUUGUAUUUAAUCAAGUAAUUGAUGAAAAAGAUGAAAUUCUUUAUGAAUUUUUUGAAAGAAAUUUGAAGCAACUACAAUAUUAUAAAGAUGCUUUUGAUGAUAUUGGAUAUAAAGAUGAAAUAUUAAUUGUAGAAGCAAUUAAAAAACAUAUACAAGAAGAAUAUAUUCCUAAUUACAAAAUACAAUAUUAUAAAUAUAAUUUUUUGAAAAAAGAUAUUAAUGUUAAUCAAUUAUCUAAAUGUCUAAAUAUUUUAAAGAAAACUGAUAAUGAAGAUUUUAAAAUAUUUUUAUUAAAAUUUAUUGAAUAUUUUAAUUUUUUCUUGUAUGAAGAUUAUUUGAAUAAAACAUUUUGUAGUAAAUUUUAA